AUGGAUAAGAAGAAGAACAUGGAGAUGGUUGGUGCGGUGUAUGAGCUGGUGUCUGGAUUCACGAGAACAAAGGCAUUGAAUGCUGCUGCCAGUUUGAACAUUGCCCAACAUAUUGGAGAGAAUGAGAAGAAGUCUGUCAAUGAUAUUGCCAAGGAGAUAGGUGCCAACAGUCAAUCACUCUAUCGCUUGAUGAGAGCACUCACUCAUAUGAAGUGUUUCCGUGAGGAGGAUGUUGAUGAACAUCAACAACAUGAUCAACAACAACAUGGUAUCUUCUCUCACACUCCAUUGUCAUUGGCUUUGAGACAGCCUGAAGUAAGGAACAUCGCAUUGAUGCGUGGUGGCUAUGGACAGACCCAGGGAUGGCAGAACCUGGUGGAGACCAUCAAGACUGGUCAGUCAGAUGUCAACAAGACACUUGGUUAUCCAGAUUACUGGGCAUUCUUAGAGGAGCACACUGAUGAGGCUGCCAUAUUCAACAACUCCCUGGCAUCAGUGACCAACAUGUUAACUCCUACCCUUGUCUCUUUGGGUGACUACACCAAGUUUGAGACUGUUGUCGACCUUGGAGGUGGACUUGGAAAAUUGUUAAAGGGAGUAUUGAAACAGAAUGCCAACAUCAAGAAUGGUAUCAACUUUGAUAUACCAUCAGUGAUCGAGAAGAAUCAACAUGAGGUAGAUGUUGACCCUCGUUAUAAAGAUCAAGCUGGUGACUUCUUUGUAGAGGUACCUGCUGCAGAUUGUUACGUACUCAAGAGUAUCCUACAUGAUUGGAGUGAUGCCAAGUGUCUGGAGAUAUUCAAGACCAUCUCAAAGUCAAUCAAACCAGGUGGCAAGGUCUAUGUAUACGAUUACAUCAACUCACUCUACACCAAGAAUGAGAAGAACUUCACUCCAUGGAAUGACCUUCACAUGAUGGUGAUGUUGAAUGGCAAGGAGAGGAAUGAAUGGGAUUGGCAAUACUUGGCUGAACAUUCUGGAUUCAAGAUUGAGUCUGUCAAGAGACCAGAGGGACAGGGCUUUGCUCCUCCCUUGACAAUAUUCACCAAGCAAUAA